GAAGGAGAAGAAUAAUAAGAAGAAGAAAGGGAAGAGUGGUGGUAGCAGAUUUGUGCAAUCUGGCGAAAUUCUGAUGUCAUUUGAAGAGUUUUGCGGAGGUCCCUUUUGGGACGGUCAACUGGAAUGGCGAGAAAGCAAUCCGGAUUUGACCUUCUGCCUCCAGCGAGUGGCUCUUCAGUGGAUUCCCUGCUUCUUUCUGUUUGUCUUCUCCGUUUAUGAAAUCUACAAAUAUGGUACUAGCCGCUUCCGAGACAUACCAUGGAAUUGGUACAACCUAUCAAAGAUGCUUGUCACAUUCAUGCUGAUGUGCAUGAACUGGAUCGAUCUGGGUAUGGUUGUCACCUUCAAAGACGAACAAGGACUGUUCGACGUCCAAAUUGUGACAGCGGUGCUAAACGCUGUAGCCUAUAUUCUUCUAAUUGUACUAAUGUUCUACCAACGACGGUAUGGCAUUCGAAGUUCCGGAACGUUCUUCAUCUUCUGGUUCAUGCGAAUGUUCUUCGGAAUCAUCCAGCUUCGAACGGAAGUGCAAAACAAGGAAAUCCGUGGAGAAGUCUCCGGUGAUGCUGUCAAUUUCUGGGAGUACCAGUACAUCAGCUAUAUCAUUCAGUACGCGUUGAUCUGCCUGAUUUUGGUAUUAGAGAUUUUCCCAGAUCAGGAACCAACCUACAGUGACUACCCGGAAGGGAAAAAACCUAGUCCAGAACUGGGAUCCAGUUUCUUCGUGCGGUUGUUCUUCCUGUACUUCGACUCGUUCACGUGGAGAGGUUUCCGGAAACCGUUGACAUCGGACGACAUGUAUGACAUCAAUCCGCAAGAUGCGUCCCGGGAGUUAGUUCCUCCGUUCGAUAAGUACUGGUUCGAGAGUGUGGAAAACAGUCGGGUGAAGCAGAUGACUGCCGAUAAGAAGGCUGGAAAGACAAACGUGGAGUACAAACCGCACUCGGCGACCUACGGGUCUGUACUGCCGGCAAUCGUCAAGGCAUACGGAGGUCCGUUUUGGUUUGCAGGUUUGUUCCAGCUGGCGAUUUCCGGACUGCAGUUUGCUUCUCCGUAUCUCAUGCAGGAACUGAUGAAAUGGAUCGCCCUGGACGGUCCCACUUGGCAAGGAGUCAUGCUGACAUUCGGCCUGUUCGCCACGUCCCUACUCAUCGCGCUGUUCAACGGCCAGUACUUCUACAACACCUUCUUGACGGGCUUCCGCAUCCGCACCGGUCUGAUCAGUGGCAUCUACCGGAAGGCGCUGAGAAUCUCCAGCUCAGCGAAAAAGGACACCACCGUUGGAGAGAUUGUGAACCUGAUGGCGGUGGACGCGCAGCGAUUCUUCGAACUGACCUCGUACCUUCACAUUCUUUGGUCCGGCCCGCUGAUAAUCGCCCUCUGUCUCUAUCUGCUGUACGAGAUCUUGGGAGUGGCCGUGUUUGCCGGUCUUGCCGUAAUGAUUGUGAUGACACCGAUCUCCGGGUUCAUGGCAACGAAAAUGCGCGAUCUACAGGUAGAGCAGAUGAAGAUCAAGGAUGAUCGCGUGAAGAAAAUGAAUGAGAUUCUUGGUGGAAUCAAGGUUCUUAAGCUGUACGCUUGGGAGAAGAGCUUCCAGGACUCUAUAUUGGAGGUUCGAGAUAAAGAAAUUGGUAUACUCAAGAAGAUGGCUUACUACGGAGCGGGAGUAUAUUUUACGUUUACCAUGGCUCCGUUCCUCGUCACCUUGAUUUCGUUUGCAGUGUACGUUUUGAUGGACGAGAACAACCACCUGGAUGCACAAACGGCCUUCGUAUCACUAGCUUUGUUCAACAUUUUGCGGUUUCCGCUGGGAUGGCUCCCUAUGAUGGUGACCUUCUCGAUGCAGGCUUGGGUAUCGAUCCAACGUAUCAACAAGUUUAUGAAUAGUGCCGAGUUGGACCCGAACAACGUUACGCACCACAAAAGUGACAAUGCGUUGCUUAUCAAGGAUGGGUCGUUCACUUGGGGAGAGGAAACGCUAACGUUGAAGAACAUUCAUCUGUCACUGAGGAAAGGUCAACUAUCGGCGGUCGUCGGAGGCGUAGGAAGUGGUAAGAGUUCGCUGAUCUACGCCCUGCUCGGAGAGAUGGAGAAGAUCAGUGGUUCGGUGAAUACAGAUGGCUCGAUUGCAUACGUUCCCCAGCAAGCAUGGAUUCAGAAUGCCACACUUCGGGAGAAUAUCCUGUUUGGAAAAACAUACGAUCUGCAGAAGUACGAUAGAGUGCUUGAAUGUUGUGCUCUCAAGCCAGAUCUGGAGAUGCUACCGGGUGGAGAUUUAACCGAAAUCGGUGAGAAAGGUAUCAAUCUGUCCGGUGGACAGAAGCAGCGAGUUGCCUUAGCUCGAGCCGUCUACGCAGAUGCCGAUGUCUACCUGUUUGAUGACCCGUUGAGUGCAGUCGAUGCCCACGUUGGAAAGCAUAUCUUCGAAAAAGUUAUUGGUCCGCAAGGCAUUUUGGUUGGAAGAUCGAGACUGUUGGUAACACACGGUAUUUCGUUUUUGCCGUUUGUGGAAGAGAUCUACGUUGUGAAGGAUGGAGAGAUAUCGGAAAGCGGUUCCUAUCAGCAGUUAUUGGAUCAGAAGGGAGCAUUUUCCGAAUUUUUGACUCAACACAUCCAGGACUUGGACGAAGAGGACGAAGAAAUUCAAAUUCUACAGGAGGUGCUAAAGGAUGACGCUUCGCAGCACAUCGUUAAACGGUUAAUUUCCGUUCGUUCAAAUCAAUCUGAUGAAAACGUUCCACGCAAACGUAUCAGUCGACAGGAAACCAGAACUAGCAUCAAGAAGGACCAACCGGAUCAAACGAAGAUAGACAACACUACACUCAUCGAAAAGGAAGAAUCGGCCACCGGAGCCGUCACGCUAGCUGUCUACAUGAAGUACAUUAAAGCAAUUGGUCUAUCGUUAGGUCUGUGGUCCAUCUUGUUCAGUAUCAUCACGCAAGGCAGUGGAAUUUACUCCAGUAUUUGGUUAACGGAUUGGUCGGAAGAUCCGGAAGCCAUCACCGAUACGUCCGUUCGCGACAUGUAUCUUGGAGUUUACGGUGCCUUGGGAGGCGUUCAGUCGAUCGCUCUGUUCAUCAGUUCCGUAGCGUUAGGUUUGGGUUGUUUGAAGGCAGCCAAAGAGCUGCACGAUAAGCUACUGGCAAGUUCAAUGAGGAUGCCUAUGUCAUUCUUUGAUACGACUCCUCUGGGUCGAAUCAUCAAUCGCUUCUCCAAAGACGUGGACGUUAUGGAUAACGUCCUUCCUGCGACGAUUCGAGCUUGGCUGUAUUUCUUCUUCAGUGUCAUUGGUGUUUUUGUCGUUAUCGGUACAUCAACACCUAUCUUCCUGGCCGUUGUACCACCUUUGAUGGUUAUCUACUACUUCAUCCAGAAAAUUUACAUUGCAACCUCACGUCAGCUGAAGCGUUUGGAGUCAGUUACUCGAAGUCCCAUCUAUUCGCACUUUGGCGAGAGUAUCAGCGGUCAAUCGACGAUUCGGGCGUAUAACGAGCAGGCACGAUUCACCCUGGAGUCCGAGGACAAAGUGGACUAUAAUCAGAAAGUGUCAUAUCCCACGAUCAUCGCGAAUCGAUGGUUGGGAAUACGAUUGGAAAUAGUUGGAAGCUUGGUAGUGCUGUUCGCAGCCAUGUUUGCCGUAUUAGCAAAGGGCACCAUUGGACCGGCCACUGUGGGAUUGUCGAUCUCGUAUGCGCUUCAGAUCUCCGCUACGUUGAGUUUUAUGGUAAGAAUGACGGCUGAAGUGGAGACUAACAUUGUGGCGGUUGAACGAUUGGAGGAGUACACCGAAUUGCCACGUGAAGCCGAGUGGCAGAAGGGAUCAGUUGAUAAAAGUUGGCCAUCGGAAGGCAAGGUGGAGUUCAAAGAUUUCAAACUGCGGUACAGGGAAGGGCUCGAGUUGGUCGUCAAGGGAAUUUCGAUCAAUGUGAUGGGAGGACAGAAGGUUGGAAUCGUUGGAAGGACCGGUGCCGGAAAGUCCAGUUUAACACUGGGUUUGUUCAGAAUUGUGGAAGCAGCCGGUGGUAAAAUCAUCAUCGAUGGUGUUGACAUCUCGCAGAUAGGUCUGCACCAGCUGCGAAGUCGCUUGACUAUCAUCCCUCAGGAUCCGGUUAUGUUUUCCGGAAGUCUCCGCAUGAAUAUCGAUCCAUUCGGGACCUACUCGGAUGAUCAGGUGUGGAAGGCGUUGGAGCUGUCACAUUUGAAGACCUUCGUGAAGGGGUUGCCAGCUGGAUUGGAGCACGAGGCUGCCGAGAAUGGUGAGAAUCUCUCCGUUGGUCAGCGCCAACUGAUCUGCUUGGCACGAGCAGUUUUGAGGAAAACGAAAGUAUUGAUAUUGGACGAAGCAACUGCCGCGGUUGAUUUGGAAACGGAUGACUUGAUUCAGAAAACAAUCCGCACGGAAUUUGCAGACUGUACAAUCCUAACGAUUGCCCAUCGUCUCAACACUAUCCUCGAUUCUGAUCGGGUUUUGGUGCUGGACAAGGGCCUCGUAGCAGAGUGUGAUGCGCCACAAAGUCUUCUAGCCGAUAAGAAUUCAAUAUUCUACGGAAUGGCCAAAAAUGCGGGUAUUGUUAGCUAGUAUUUGUUCCGGGGAGUGUUGGCCGAUUGAUUAUUAAAAAUUGUUAU